AUGGCGCCCUCGAAUUCACGAUCCAGAUCCACUCGACCCAUGCGGUCCAGCCGCACGAAGGUGAAGACCUAUCACGAAGAGACUUCUUCCGAUGAUUCGGAUAAUGUGCCUAGAUCUGAACGUGCAUCAUUAUCCCUCCGUUCGCGCAGCGCAACACGAAUGCCAAGAUCUUAUCGCGAAGAGUCCACUGAUGCCAGCUUUGAUGAGCCCGCCGAGGACCAAGAGCUGGAGCAACCCGCGGCCACAGAAGUAGAAGAGCAAGCUGUACCACCAGAAUCAAUGACUACACCUCGCCCUCCUCGACAGCCUCGCCCGCGGCGCACCGCGACCCCAAAACCAAAGCAGACCAAACGACCAUCCAAGAGUAGGAGUCAGGUGGGAAAGCCCUUGCACAAACGUGCCAAGGUAGAUGAAGACUUUGGGAUUGUUCUGGGAUCGGGUGUUAUCCCCCCCUGGCAGACCCUUCCGUAUCAUAUCUUACUCGACAUCUUCCUGCGCGCGUCCUAUCCAUUGCUUGACGAAGGGCGUUCAGAUCGCAACGAUUCUGUCAAAUGGCUCCUCGGUAUGGCUUUACUCUGUCGAAGCUUUCAGGAGCCCGCCCUUGCUGCUCUGUUUCAAUGCCCACCGCUAUUACCUGCCCACAAGACCCAUGCGCUUUUCAAUCUAUUGUCGCUACCGCCAGACUCACUCUCCAUGAACUACUCCAGCAAGAUCAAAAACCUGCAUCUUGAGGUCGAACCGCUACUAGUCUACAAAAGUGGGCCCACUCUCGGGUAUUUCGAUCUCGCCAAAUUGAUUGAAAAGAUCCCUCAAGUGCACACUGUUCGACUUUACCAUAAAGACGAUUACACUGUUGGGAUUCCCCCAUGGCACAUAGUACCCUCGAGGUGGACUUAUCCCGAAUCUGUUUUCUCUGCCAUCAGAGAUACUGGAAUCCAUCUCCGCAGUUGGGAUUGGAACAGCCGUUUCUUAGAAGUGGAGAAGCUUCUCGAGCUCAUGAUCGCAAAGCAUGUGGAACCGGCUUUUCAGAGCCUGAAGGAGCUCAAAUUGCUCCACCUCAACGACAACCAGCGAGAGGAGCUCUCCGAAAACGGGACUCUUUUGGCCAGUGCCCUCAAUGUUCUGCCCAACAUCCAGCGGCUGGAAUUCCUUGAAAGUUCACUGGUCAGUGGCGAAGUCCUAACUCACCUGCCACACACUCUCCGAUCCCUCACAUUGAGAAACUGUGAUAGAAUGUGGUCGGAUGAUCUCACGGCAUUUCUGGUCUCACAUGGUACGAAUCUUCAAGAACUUAACCUUGGUCAUAAUCGUCAUCUCAGCAUGUCCUUUAUCCAAGGUCUGGGUCAAUCAUGUCCAAACCUUAAGAUUUUCAAAAUGGAUGUUUCCAUGCAUGACGGGUCCAGCUAUCAUGAUGUUGAGCCACACUUCGAAAGCCUGCUUGUGAAAACACAAAUACCCACAUGGCCGACUAGUCUCCAAGAAAUCGAGUUGACCCAAUUGCGCAAAUGGGAUGAUGCUACUGCGGAGGUAUUCUUUACCUCGCUAGUCAACGCUGCGCCUAAUCUCCGUGAUCUGCGGAAACUGGGAAUCAGUGCCAUUCUGAAGAUCGGAUGGCGAGACCGUGCUACCUUUCGUGAGAGGUGGAUCAGCCGCCUUGAAAAAGUCUUCCUCCGCCACAGUCCGCCGCCAGAUCCAAAUUUGCGCUCUCUUCGCAAGCGUCAGUUGAAUGCAAGCAAUCCUACCUCAGCAGUAGGCGUUGCGGAUGAAGGUCAGGCUGGUGCAUCACAACCUGCCGAUGGUGGUCCGUCAACCUCAGCCAAACGCCAGAGCACCCGCUUGGCACAACAAAGUUCAGUUGAAGCUAGCGAGAUCGCAAGCAGCCAAUUUCGAGAGAACUCACCCCUAGACGCCGGGGACAUUCAGGGAAUGUGUGACGUUGUCAACAUCCGCAUUGACAACCAACGACCUACUGAGAUGCAAUACAACGAGAAUGAUUUCCUUGACGAUGAACUCAGCGGAGAUGAAGACUGGAAUGGUGAUGACAUUGAACCAGCCCCAGGACACGCGUGGUAA